AUGUUCACCAAGCUUGAUUUACGUGCAGGAUACAAUAAUGUAUGCAUCAAGGAAGGCGACAAAUGGAAGGGAGCAUUCAUCACUCCACAAGGAUUAUUUGAACCAACAGUCAUGUUCUUUGGAAUAACAAAUUCCCCGGCGACAUUCCAGGCUAUGAUAGAUGGCAUCUUUGCAGAUCUAUUACUGGAAGGAUGGGUAGUAAUCUACAUUGAUGAAAUCCUUAUCUAUUUCACCGAUCAUAUGGAACAUUGGCAACACACCCAACUGGUUCUACAACGCCUAAAAGAAUCAGAUCUAUUCCUCAAACCUAAGAAGUGCUUCUUUGGACAAAUUGGCAUGGCAGAAGACAAGGUUUCAGCAGUACUCAACUGGCCAAAGAUUGACAGCAUUAAAGCACUACAACAAUUCCUAGGCUUUGCCAAUUUCUAUCCCAGGUUUAUCCCAGGUUAUUCCAAAAUCACACGCCCACUGUUUGACCUAUUAACCAAAGGCAUUAAGUGGAGUUGGACAGAUAAUCAUGACAACGCCAUCAGUCAACUCAAGGAAUCUUGCAAAACAUGA